GUUUUCCGGUCGUCAAAAUGUAGCAGCUGGCUGCAACAACGAAACGAAAGUGAACCAACGAUAACAAUUGGAGUGUAAUACGCGCUGUGAGGAUGAACAGUUGUUUGUAAAAACCGACAAAUAACUUUUAAACACUUGUUACCCAGAUGUCUCACACCAAGCAGGGCAUGUAAGUGAUAUUUCUUUGUUUUAAUGGGGAGCACUGGUAGAUGGGGGGUGAAUAAGAGAAUCGGAGCUAGCUAAUAUUAGCUUGAUUUGUAGCCAGUGAAAGCUAAGUUAGCUCCGGAUCAUGACUUUGUGAUUUUGUCCUGCCUGCACUGACAUCAUGUAAGAAACGCCUUUAGUCGAGUUAGCUCAUUUUAGCAGUCUAAAAUCUGUCAUCUUCUAGAUUCACUAACACGCUGAGCAGGUUGUUACUUCAAAACGACUGCCAGGGACCAGAACUGCUUUUUGGGGGGUCGUAUUUAAAGUCAAGACUCAGAUCUAUUCCGACGAGCUGUCCAGUUGGCCCGGUCCGACUAAGGUCUGGAUGUAGAGUAACAUGAAGACCACUCCUAAAACAUUUCUAGUCUGAACAUUAUACCCACGCCAAGCUAAUAACAACAGCUCGAUUACAAAUACUACUUUCAGGAGCUUUAGAAUCCCCACCCUUUAUCGACAUGACCAGACAGAUGACUGCUUUACUUGUUGGUGUUGUACUGGAGUGUGUUUAUAUUGUAAGGUCUGGUCCACUUUACUUACUAACACAGGGGGAGCAAAGUGUUGGGGACACCUUUUAUUAUAGUGCGGCACACCAACAACUCCUACUAAAACUUGUCUCAGCAUAUCAACAAACAUCACAAAUGUUCCCUAAAAGUAGAAGAUUGUAAGAGAGUACAAAGGUGUUCAUAGUGUUAUGGCUGGUCUCUUAUAUUGUUCAAUGUAAUACCCGGGACCCCAGUUUGCUUUAUCAUAAGAUCUGAUCAUAUCAUAAUCGGCCAAUGCCUGUGCUCUUGCAACCACCUAAAGAACAAACUUGUGAUAUCUGCAGACGCCACAGGUAGCCUCAGCUGUGUGGCUGCUCGCAACAAUGUUAAAAUCUUUACUAAUAAUAUUGUGUGUUUAGUAUUAAUUAUGUUAUGAUAUAGAGGAUGAGGAAGUUUAACAUUGCUUCUGACAUCAAAAUAUUGUUUGACCAUUUAUCUCAUAUGUAUGACACCAGGUAGCUGGUGUCAGUAGUCAAUGUUUUUCUGUAUCUUGUUGCACCUCAUUUUAGUAAUCCAGUUGGAAAGUUAUUUUCGGCAACUGCUGUUUCAGAAAAGAGUUGCUCUGUAAGGCAGAAGGAGUCACCUGUAAGAUACACUCAGAUUUGUUUAAGGGUAAAUCAUGAAUGAGUGUCGGCAGUGCGGGGAGUGUUACACCACCUCUAAAAAGAUCAACAACAUGCAGAUUAUAAGAUAUUCUGGUCAAAUUUUAACAGGGACAGGGAGAACAAAAACAGUUUAGAUAUGUUUAAUCUCAUAGCUCACUUAAAAACAGAAUUUAAGAUACUUUAUGCAGAACACUUCAGUAUCAGGAUCAGCUAUUUGCUGAACUAUUAUUUCAAAUAAUAGUAUAGAUAUCAACUGUGAUUUUCACAAUUGGCUCAUCACUUCUUUAUGGAGAUCAUUGUGUUGAGAAUACACAAACCUCUUCUGUGUGUUCAGCUUAUAUAGAGCUUGCUGAUAAGUUGCAUAAUUUGUCCAAAAUCUUGUAGUUUUUCAACUUGUGAAUCUUUUUCUCUUUCAUGCAGUUAUCGUUGAUUCAUCUGAUUAGAUCCGUCAAAGAUGGAUGAAGUAAUGGAUUCUCAAAAAAGGUAACACUGUCAUUUUUCUUUUUUCUUUUUUACUCUUCUUGGUUUGAUCAUGAUGUUACUCCUCCUUGAUUCAGUCUCCUAACAUGGCCCUUUUCUGUGUUUUGUCCUUCUUUCUUUCCUCAGUGAGAUUGCUGAUGACAAUCCACCACAUGUGAACAAUGAUGUUCCGAAAGCGGACAUAUCUGAUGGAAAAGAAGAACUUUUCUGUGCAUCAGAAAAGUGUGACGCCACAAAAGACUGUGUGCCAGCUGAGAACACACAAGAUGAUGUAGCAUCGCAGAACUUGAUGGACUGUGAGCCUGAAUGUGAGCUGGAUGAUAACACAGCUAAGACACACUGUUCUAAUGGACAGAAAUCUAAGAGGCCCAGUUCACCUGACCCUGACCCUGUUAAAACCACCUGUGUCACUGCAAACUCUCCAGACCCCAAACUUACCCUCUGUUUAAGUCACAGUCCUGGAAAGGGUCUAAAUACACCCAGUGAUGUAGAGAUGUUAAGUCCAGACAGCCCUGUCGGUAAAAGCAUGCUCAUUAACAACACUGCUGACAAGGAUCAUGACAGCAGUGCUUGUGGGGAGGACUCUAGUUGUGAAAAGGCUCAGGUAAAGGAAUCUGAACAGUCUUUAAAAGACCCUGAUUCUGGAUGUUUGGCCAAAGAAAGAGUCCAAGUGGCUGCCACAGGAACUCAGGAUGCAGAAGUAGCAGAGUGCAGUGCCUCCUCUGAUAUGAGUCAAGACUUAACUGGGAGCCAGACAGCUGGAAUUUUUGAAAGGUACUGCUAAACAUUUUCACUUCCCUGUGUAAUAUGCUGUCCUUCAUGACUUGUUAAUCCUCUUGCCUGGUGUUUAUUUCUCCACUGUGCUCACAAAGUUCAAUCAAAGUCAAUUCUUCUGUUUUGUUUUUCUUUACAGUGUCUCAUUUGCAUUGCGUAAUAUGGACAAAUCGUGGCUCGGGACUUCCGUAGAUGAGCUGAACAGAAUGCCCCAGUGUGCUCCCCCUCUGACUCACCUGAAAGUAGCGCAUAACCACACUGUUACAGUCAGGGUGAGUCAACAGCCGCUUCUCUUAGUGUGAGAAACAGACAGGAUGACUCGGCAUUGCGUGCCCGGUCUAUACUUUGUGUAUAGUGAGAAAGAAAAAGGCAAGGAAACAUGGGAGAGGAAAUGUAAUGAAGGCUGCAUGGGUGCAGACAGUGGGAAUGAGGGGAGGGGAGUCAUUUCUCAGUGAUCCCCCUCAGGGCCUCUUGUCAGCAAAGCUCCAGUCAGACUGUUAGUCUCUCAGGAACACUGUCAAUGCUGCUGUGGAAGAUCACUGACUCUUACCAUCAACUGACCACCAUGACUCAAGUUAGACAACAAGAACACUGAUUUCCUAAUUACUCCUUUAGGAAAAUGAAAUCUCUGUUUUAAGGCAAACCCUUUGUCAGCCUGACAAGAAACAUGUUACUUUUAAAUAAACAAGUGCCAAGCUUAGAUUCUCAGCAUUCUCACUUUUGAGAUAAUACAGUGGAAGUAGAAGGUAACCUUUCAAUUAAUUUUCUGACAUAAUCAAGUGAUCAUACCUCAAUAUGAAGCAUUUCUGCAUCUUUGUUUUCAUGUUACAGACAGAUCUCCUCAGAGAGGGAGAGCUCCCUGUCUCCUACCCCACCAAGUUCAAAGAUGCGUGGGAUGAUGUGUCUGUGAAGAUGCCCUGCUCUGAGAAGAAUCUCUUCCCUAUGGAGACUGAGGUAUUGUGGUUUGAAUUCCAGCUGUGCAGGUUUUCCAGAACAUGUAAAUGUUCUACAUUAUUGAAAAAUGUAAAAUAAUGUUGCUGGUUUCUGUAAUGCAGGAUGGAGGUGGUGUCCAAAGUCGUUGGGAGCUGAUUCAGACGGCCCUGCACGGAGGGUUCAAGAGUUGUCUGGAUGUGAGGGUAAGUAAAAGGAUUGGGCUAAUUAAGGGUGACCAUACUCUGAAACUCUACAAGACUGAUUUAUCUUCCGCACUGUGAAAUUUUGACAUCUUUAUGUUGAAGUUCUUGGUUUAAACACCUACAACUAGACAAAAUCUCAGUGUCCUCCUGUUUAUGUCUGCAAACGGCUUCAUCAUGCAUUAAAUUAAUUUUCUAGAAAGGAGUGAGAGGGACUUGAUUCCCUUCGGUUACUUUACACAGUUCAAGCACCUCUUUUCCCAAUUUAUCUGUAUUGUGUUUCAUUUGAGUUGGACAACUGCUAACUGUACAAAUGAGUGUCCUCAGAUGGAGAAGCAAGACAAAUACAACUGCUUAUGUUCAUGCAGCUCAGCUAAAAAAAGCAAUGUACCUCUUGAAACUGAGCUUUGUACUGCAGCCAUUAUAAUAACAUGACAUGGAUAACAUGCCUUUAAUGAAGCAAAAAGUCUGCUCCGAUUCCUACUAUGGUUUUUCAAACACGCAAAAUAUGUUCCAUAUAUGACCACAAGGUGGCAGGGUUUGCAAUGAUUAUACUUGGGCCUCUUACAUCUUUUCUGUGAAGUGACACAAGUAGAAUAUGAUCCUAAAUAUGAAUUAAACCAAUUGCUAUACAACCUUAUGGGUUUCUAGAUAGCUUGUCAUUAAUAAAUGUGUUCUUUCCAGGAUGCCAUACUUCGAUACAACACAGCCCAUGCAAAGAAAUGGGACUUCACUGCCUUGAAUCUUCUUUGCACAGAGGUAAGCUCUCCAGGAUGCAACUGUUUCUGUACAAUAGAGAAGGAAGAGUAGUAAAGCUUUCUCAGAACUUCCUGGCUGACUCUAUCUGCCUGACAUGUUGAAGUAACACAUUACUUUGAUGUUUUAGUGUCAUUUUUUGCCCCCUUUUAACUGGCUACUUACAAUUAAGGAAAACUGACAUGUGAGUAAACACCUCAUGAGUGUCAUGCAGCCAGUGGUUUGUUUCACUCCUCUGACAGUCAGCCUCUGUGAACUUCCAGGUAAACAGUGGCAGUGUUUGUUAAACUCGCCAUGAUUAAUUAUGUCUUUGAAAUGCACCUUAAUGAAGAAUGAAGCUAAAGCUGUUAUCAAACCCAAGUUGUUGUUGCAAAGGGGGACUGUUUUUCUCUGUUUGGCUGCCAGUCCGUCAGUGUGUGUGGUCCCCUCACAGUACCUCAGAGUCCCUCAGGACCAAACAGGCAUCAUACAGUUAGGACAGAUGAGCAGCAAGCAUGGCGGCAGCAGCUGCUGCAGGUGAACCAGGGGAAUGUGUUUCCUUUUUUUCUCUGCCUUUCUUUUUUUUUUUCUUCCUCUGCUUCUCAUCCUCAGCUCAGACAGUUAAGGUCUUUAAUUACAGAGAAUUAAAGACCUAAGAGAGAAACUUCCUCCAUGUGGCAUUAAUCUCUACCUGUCUUCUAUUGCUACCUGAAACCUUGUGAAUAGUGUGGUCAACAGUUUCAAGUUAACUCUGGAAGGAGUGUGCAAACAUACGACCCACGUACAGAAAGGAGCCAGAUAUAUUGUAUUGAUUUAGAACCCUUUUUUAAUUGAGUUUCACUUGGAAGGAGUAAUUAUCUUAAAAAAGAGAAAUACACUGAAUUUAAACAAAAAAAAGGGAUAUAUAAAAAGAGAACCAUACCGAGUAAAACAGAAGCUGCAGAUGACUGUGAUAGUAUCAAAAAAUUAGAAAUAAUCAGGUACCUGCACAUUUAUGCAUAUCUCCAACAAAAAGACAUUGUACAGUACUGUGUCAAAGACUUCAUAAAUGACACUGAAAGGUAAGCAGAUAUGUUGCUUAAGAAAGCUUUUUGUUGAGAAAUUGCUUUAAAGUUUCUGAAGAGAAGAGUUUAAGACUUCCACAGCCUCCAGAAUCUGUCUGAUUCAUGAUUGAGGUCAUGAGUCAGUUAUUCCAGAGGGAGGAGAGCUGCGGACUGUGAUAUCCACAUGAUGCAGGGCAGAUGAUUGAAAAAAGAUACACUUUUAUUUUCAAAAAAAGAAGAAAAGCUAUAUAUUAUAUGAAAAUAAGUUCUGUGAUUGUAACCCCCAAAUAAUGCUCCAACUGUAGAGAAUCAGAAGUGAAAAAAAUCAAAGUUAAAAAUGAGGAUAAAACCUUUACAUGAUUUGGCUGGAAACUAAUUUCAACUUUAUUUAGCUGCCUUCAUUUAGAAAAGCAUGUAGCUAAUUGUUCUUUGUCGUCUGGAGCCAUUACAAAUGAGAUCAUUAUGCUAAUGGAGUUUUUACAUUUAAGUAAAAACUUUUCAUAUUUGUUAGAAUUCAUUAAGAUGGAUUUCUGUUGCUCCUUCAUUUUUGUUGAGUACUUCGCUAAGUUCAGACUGCUCCUCAACACUCCCUUUUUCUCCGUCUCUAAAAUAAUUUUGCAGAGUCAAGUAGAAAGCUCAGUAGAUCAAUAGCUGCCUGGGCCUUUUAUAGCUUAAUCUAAUUUAAUUAAAAGCUCCCAUUAAAUCUGCAAUGGAUGCUAAGUGAAGCCAGCGAGACGCUCGCUCUCUCCUGCUGAGGAAUGGAGCAGUAGAGGGCGGAGCUUAAAGAAAAAGGACAAGUCAAGGUUUGGCAACAAAACUUGAGAGUCAUUGGAAAAAGGAAUAUCAGAUAUUUCACUCAAAGGGAUAAAAAUACCUCUUGGCGAGACUGCUUGAUGUCUUUCAUAUUUCUGUAAGAAGAUAAGUGCAGGAUGAGUUUUCAGAAAAUAGUACUGAUGCGUUAAGCAGGAAUGACUAACAGCUACUCCUGAACAGCAGACACUCACCAUCUUGAGGGAAUUAUCUUUCAUACAUGGACCAAUGUGGCAUUGAAUCAAAUGUUAUGAUCUGUUGUAGGCUUUGUUGAGCACAUAGACUGAUGAUCAAAUUCACACAACAAUCUCCACUGCUCCUUUACUUGUACCUUUUUUUAUUUAACCAACCCUCCUCUUUUGCUUUAGUUUGUGGUAAGUUUGAUUUUCAGCUGCAGUGCUCCUCAGCCAAAACCACCUAAUUAAAUCUGGAGCAACGUUUGUGCAGCACUGGGGUAAUUGUCAAGAGGUACGCUGCCCCUGGGCCAGUGAUUGACACUUCGCUCAGCGUGUAAUAGCCACAGGAGGGGGAAAGAGAGUUAUCCAAAUUAGGGCUUGUCUGUAAAUUGUCUUCUCCCUUGCUAAAUGAAACUGUCAUGGUGUCACCUUCUGAUGAAUGUGUGAGGGCUGAGCAGGAAAGCAGUCCAGGAGUAAAUACCGCUGAUGUUCCAAUAGUACAAAUAGCAGGUAGACAACAAGACACCUAAUCCCUCCCUGAGAUAUGCUUGGUCUCUUGAUUUUCAUCAAUUUUUCAGAUCAACUUUUUUUACUUGAAGUUUUUAUUAAGAUAAGCGAGGAAUAUUUCCACACAUUUAUGUUACAAAUAAGAGAAAAUAGUGUAUUAAAUCAAACAUACAUAACAAUCAACAUAGCAAAGAGUUGAUAUAAACACACUAGUAGUUUUAAUAUUAUUCAUUAAAAAAUGUGUCAGUGAAGCUUCAGUCCUUUAAAAGUCAUCAAAUAGCCAAUGUGUGGAUCUAAUCUGGAGCAAAGUCACGGAGGCACAGACCUAACAAGAAAACUAGAAGAAAAAAUUUUGGAAAUGUAUGUUGAAGCAUCUUUGAGGAGUUUGUAGCUGGUUAUGAAACAGACUGAAAUGAAUACUGCUGCCUUUAUAUGAGACGUAAAUACAACUGAACCCAACUGAAGAUCAAUAGAGAUCAAUUGUCUUCCUUUGUCCCCAGGGGGCACCAAAAUUGACACAAUGUAAAAAUUCCUCACAAGAGCUUAAAUUGAUUGAGAAAGCAACAUGAGUCUUCAUCCUUCUUUCUUUACCAAAUUCAACGUACAGAUAAACACAAAAGUCUGUUUAGUUUUCAGCCCAUACUUCAACUCAUCGCCAUUGUUCAAAAAUCCAGUACUAAAGAAAAAAAAAAUACUCCUGACAAGUAUUUGAGGUGGACAGUCAUCCCUUUAAACGACCCAUACCCUGUCACUAGCAUUGACUAGUCUCUGUAUUUUCAAACCCUACUUUACUAGUGAUCGAGGAUUUCCGAGAGUGACUUUCAAAAAUAUCCUAAUUUAAAAAGAAGCAGAAAAGUUUUAAAAAAAACCUUUGCAGACACAUCUUUUAUCCAGAGCAGUCGUUUAAGAGUGUGGUAAGAUGGUUAAAACUCUCACAAACUUUCUAACUUUUUAGUCCUAGACCUUCAUCAGGUAAACAGCUUGUUAUAAAGGACAUCUUGAACUGGGUGCUACUGCAACUAAUCAGCAUCAGGUCUGAGUCAAUAAAGGAGUAAAUGAAAUAAAAAAAAAAACAGACCUCAGCUCUCUGACUUAGCUUGAACAUAAGGUUAACUAAAGCAAAAGAAGACAUCACAAGUGUAACUCUGUAAAUCAAUGUCAUUUUGUCGACUGAAGUACAUUAAACACUCGACAAGAAUCCUCCCACACACAGAGAUUCAAAUGAUGGUCAUAUUUUAUUAUAAAAUGUUUAAUUUUAGUUGGAAAACAAAGUCAUUUAAGUACAUUGGAGUCUUCUAGAUAAACAUAUGAAAUCAAGAUAUGAAUUAUUGAGCUGCCAGACAGUGAGAAUAACUUGUUAAGACCAGAAUGGAUGGAAAAUCAGAGUGUAAUCGAUCAUUAGCCGGAGUGCCAUUAAAUCUGGUUUGUCCUGCCGUAGCCCACUUCGUCAUGAGUAUUUAUGUGAAAGGUGCUGUUAGAUGUGGAUGUGUAACCGUUGUGGCCAGCUGCUGUAGCUGUGAAAAAAGCAGGAGGAUCAUCUUUCUGCCCUCAUCCUGCCGCAUCACCAACCACCAUCUAUUAGUCCCACAGGAGUGCUUUAUGAUGUCUGCCAGCUCAUUACUUCUGACAGCAUUUAGUCAGACCUGCUCUGCAGCCGUAUAAACGCCCUCCCUGGCCAAAUCACCCACCAAAGACUUCCUGUUGGAAAUCACCCUGCCACUCUCUCCUCCAUUGGUCAUUUGCAUUUGCUCCAGAAGGUCCAUUUAAUCAGCACAAGCUCCCCUUGCUUACCUUGAUAGAGUAAGGCCAGUGAUUGAUGACAGUGACAUUCCAAGCCAAUACGCUCAUAAGUGAUUGCGUUGUAAAUCUGGCUCUAUGAUGGAAUAACUGGGUGUUUAUUUUGGAGGGAAUUGCAGAUGGAUGCUGAGGUAAGCUACAGGCUGAAGUAUGGACGCCUCGGUCGUGUCAGGCUUACUCACAGAUUGAUGGUGAAUUCUUCUGAAACAGGUUCUGUGUAGUGAGAAGCUCUGCUGAGCUCCUCUUUCUACCUUUACUGUCAAAGUCUUGAUAUGAUUGAUACCUGAGGAUGGGAGUUCACCCUAAAAACAACAAUAAACUUUCAUCCACCUUCACUGACGCUGAGUUUUCUUGUUAUGAGAGGCUGGAGCAUCGUUCUCCAGAUAUUGGUUACCUUUGGGGGGUUGUGACCUCAGACUCAGCGGCUCAACAGUCAUUAAACCAUCAACACUUUUCAUCAAAUACAUGCUGUUUCUCAUAUUUUUCAGGGCUCUUCAGUUUGUUUGUCUUGUUUUCAUUGAUAAACAGCACUUGCCCUGUUGCCAGAGGCUACAGACCUCAUCACAGUGGUUGAUGGUUUAACUCCCCUGCUGCGUGUCUUUCCCACUUUUUACUUUCCAGCAGUCAUGCCCAGUCAAGAUUUUAAAAAAGCCCCAAAAUGAACUUUUAAAAGGAAUUUCAUGUUGAGGGUUAACAUUUUAUUAUUUUUCCUGUUGGAGGUCCUGGUGCACAAAACUUGCAAAUAUAUAAACUUAUAUGUUGACCAGAUCAUGAGGUGGAGUCUUGUCCCAAAAUUUUCCACUUGAAACAAAACUUUGGAAACAAUGCUAAGAUGGGAACGGUCUUAGUCUGAGUCUAAUUUACCUCAAGAACAUAAUGCUCCCUGCUGAAACACAUUUUACCAUUGAAAUUAUGUGUUUUUGUUCAAAUAAACUCUUUUUUAAAAAUUUCUGUACAUUUAAUGAUUUUUUUAUAUGGAGAAAAUGUAAUACAGUAGAUAGAAAAACAAAAAUUGACCAAAAAAAAGCUACACUGCAUAAGUAUCGGGUUUCGAAGUAAAUUGAGAGAGACACAGUCUAUUCUGAAGACGGGCACCACUGUGAAUGCUGUCUGUCCUCUGCUUCAGAGUAAAACUCUGCGGUAGAACCUAAUGAGAUGAUCCACAUUUUUCUGAGUUUGCCCUUCUGAAACCUCCCUGUAUGAUUUUUUUCUUUAGAAAUUUACAGUUUUAUGACCCUUCUUUGUAAGCGUGACACUUUUUUCUCAUACGUUUGACAGUUUUCUUGCCGUUUACAAUUUUUCUUGUUUUAAUCUCAUUUUAUUGUCAACCUUAGUUAAUUUCUGCUGGCAGCAAAAUACAGGAAAGUUGCUACCUAAAUGUGUAGCCAGCUCCACACUUGUAUCCUGUUAAAAAAGUCCUCUCCUUCUGUGUCUCUCUUUUCUUCUCUCCAGUGUCUUGAGCUUUGCGAGGUACAGCACCUGUUUGAGGUUGUAUUGCCUGCCAUGGUUGACCUGGCUCUCAGUGCUCCUCGCCUCUGCACGAUGGUAAGUAAAGUUGAAGGUAUGUUUUUAGGCGAGGUUUUGGGAGUUUUUGUUACUCGGCAGUUACAGUACACUGUAGUUGGUUGAAAGUUGCAGGAGAUCGGCUGAAGUAUAACACAGGAUUAAGGAUGUGAGUCUGUGCAGUCAGUGUCAGAGACUGCAGAGUUAGAAAGUGGGAGUUUUUACAAGCUCAUUUGAUGGGUUGAACUCCCUCUCUCAGUCCAUAUUAGGAGCUGUUUCAUUAGAAAAGGGGCUGAAAUAGGAAAGGUCUGUGCCAUCAUGUCUAGUCAUCCAUCUGAUGUGUUAUGCUUAUGGAAUUUCAAAAUCUGACUAUUUCUUAGGAUUUUUAUACCAACCAGUCCUCCUUUAAACAAUAUAUAUUACCAGAAACAGAGUCUGAUAAACCCUGCAUUGUAUCUUUAAAGCCUUCUUUUUCAUUCACAGCGAACGGAGCUGAUCCAUGUCACAUAUAUUUAAAUGUCAGUCCCAUUUGUCUUCAUUUAAGUUCUCUGACAGCAAUUAUUGCAAUGCAAGAAUUCCAAGAUUUGUACGUCUGCAAUGGAGUUAUCCUUUUCAGAGUCCACAGUUUAAUGUAAUAAUUCAGCUCCCACUCUGGGUAGGAUGGGAGAAUCCCUCUGGUUGUCACAGGAGACAGAAAACAGGGGCAGGAUGUCAAGCAUGCUUCUGUUUUCUUAAAAGAAGAGGAUUUUUGUAACACAAUUCACCUCAGUUUCAUUUUCUAGCGCUUGGAUAAUGAAGCUUUCUGACUCCCCGCUCUGUUUUGCAGUAUUAAGCGUCAUGGCUGAUGUUUACGCGUGUGUUAUUAGUGCUGGUAUUGAUCUGCUAACUGGGCAGCCUUGGGAGGCUCUUUAGCCCUAAUCAGUGAAGAUGGAUGGGCCCUGUGUGUGUGACUGAGCAAACCUGGGGGAGAGCAAGAAAACCAGGACCUUAAUUACUACCACCCAUUUUCCUAAUGGAACCCUCCUUGUCUCCUCUGCUCGCUAGAUUGCUAAACUAAUUAUCUCCCCUUAUCUGACCUCAGAUGUACGACACACCACCAACAUAUCCUCGUGUGUUUCUUCUUCAUAUCUCUGUCCCUGCAUUUCCCAUGUUUAUCUCUCGCCCCUUAUUUUCUGUUUGGAUUUUUUUUCUCUCUGUAGCCAAUCCCCUUACUGAAGUCAAGGGUGAACCACUCCCUGACUCUGUCUCAGGAGCAAAUAGCCUGUCUAUUGGCCAACGCCUUCUUCUGCACAUUCCCUCGACGAAACUCCCGCAAGUCAGAGUACUGCAAUUACCCUGAGAUCAACUUCAACAGGUAAAGGCACAACGUCCCCUUACAGAAAACUGCAGGGACACAAAAUGAUGAUCUGUAAAUUUUCCUUUGUAAGCUAUAAUUUUGAGUUUAAGAAACCUAAGUCAUGGAUAUUGAUCUUGACGUAGCCUCUUUGGUCUGUAUGCUACAUCAAGAGGCAUUGCUCUGUUUUUUGAUGAGACCAUGAUCAAACUUUUGGCGUCAUGCUUUUUUCUGCUUUGCUGCUUUGUUAAAAAAAUAGGGUCAGGAUCUCUCACAAUGUUUGCAUGAGGUCUUUACAAUAAGUUUAAGAUGUGAAAUAUUUUCCUGAUUAGUUGAAAAUCAAAAACAAUCUGGUAGACUUUAAUUUCAUACCUCUAAUUUUUGGUGAUCCCUUAACAAGAAUUUAAACUGAUUUCCAUAAGGGGGCACUACUGCCUUGGAAACCCCUAUUUCAUGAACCCUGUUACUUUUCCUCUUUCUCCUCUUUUACCAUUUGUUGCUCAUGUUUACAGGCAGUGACACAGAUUCAUUUUUAUCCCUGGCAGUCAUUGUCACAUUCAGGCAAACUAACUGAUAAAUCAGGCUGUCAAGCACAGCUGUACCGUUUGGUGUUUCACUUUUCUUUUACAGGUAGUUUGGAGGUUACAUUGUGCUCUCAUUUUUUAGAACCGAGGGUGGGGCCGUGGGCUGGAUAUCUCUUGGAGCGCCACGUUUUGUUGUGUCUUUCAGAGUGGGAGGGAGUUUCAGAGUAGGAGUCUUAAAUUGAUGUUCUCUGUUUCUACCUACUCAGAGGCAGCGGUCUGUUAAGAAAGCUCGCGAUGGCUAAUUGAAACAAAUUGACUGAUAGAUUUUGUUAAACAGCACACCUGUCUUUCUGUCUCUGUGGCUUCUCAUAAUCUUGAUGUGUCAAGAUAUUCGGAGCAGAGAGAAGUGAUGCAUGAAUGCAGUCAGACUGUGUUUGUUAGGUUGAUGGUUGCGUCACUCUUGCAUCAGAUGUACACUAUGUUACCUUUACUGUCGGUGUGUUAGCAGACCCUCUGACAGUGAGCCUGGUCUCUAAUGAGGGUCAGCUUUUUCACACUGGACAAAGUGUAACCAUUGUUUCCGUCUUGUUUUGUUAUUCCAGUUUUAGACGUUUGAUAUGAUGACUUCCAGCAGGUGUCUCACUCAAUCUGGCAGACAUUUUGCAUAUUUUCCUAUUUCUGUAACAGCUGACACGCUUGUUAGGAAGCUGAGAGAUGUGUUUUGGCUCACUGUGUUUUUGUUAACAGAGUUAUGUAUUUACCAGCUCUGUUAUCACAUUUGUGGCCUCGAGGCAACACUCCACGCUCUUGACAUACUCCAGAUAUCACCUCAACUUCAGUUUUACUCACUUGACAGAGACGCUGUUGUAACAUAUAUGACAAACUGCAUUUUCAGUAAUACCAGAGGUGGAAACACUGCUGAAAUAUCCUACUCAAGUAGAAGCACACCUAUUUUAAUGAAACCGUCUUAAGAAAAAGUACUUAAGUUAAAGUUAAUUCAAAGUACUGAGUCCUUAAUUUUAACUGGUUGGGUUUAGUGUGAAAAUGUAAGAUAUUAGUUAUUUAAAAGCACAUCUUCCGCAGUUGAUUGAAAGCUUGUAUCUUAGUUGCUCUUUCAGAAUUUUUAACUCCUUAACAGAUUUUAUGUAAAACUUAACUGUAAACAACACUUGCUUAAAAAGAUACUUAAGUUUAAGUAAAAUUACUCAUUUUAAGAACCACUCAAAAAGUUAAAAGUUCACAAAUCACUACUUAUUUGCAGUAACAUGAAUAAAUGUAACUAGUUAAUGUGCACGCCCAGGUAGGGGUGUCCCAAUACAAUAUUGAUAUCGGAUAUUGGCCCGAUAUCAACAAAAAAUUAAAUAUUGGAUUAUAUCGGCCCGCAUCGAAAAUCUCCGAUAUCAGCACUCCGACACAAGCAGUUCAUUCCAGACUCUGCUCUAGCACCUCCAUCUAGCAGCACCCGGAUCCAGCAUGUAGAGUCCAAGUGGUCACGACAACAGUGUGUACUAAGGUAAAAAGUACCAAGGAGUACUGUGGCAGUACUUUUCAUUAAAGGUUAAAAAAGGCGUUACAACUUAGUGUAAAUUUUAUCAUGCACAAGUUUUUGCUAAUAUCAGAUCAAUAUCGGUAUCAGACAGUACUGAAGGCUACAGUAUCGGUAUUGUGUCGGAGGUAAAAAAGUUGUAUCGGGACACCCCUACACCCAGGUAAUGCCAACACUAUUGACUGUAAAUAUGAAGCUUGCAUAUCAUCAGUUUUAAAUGUAAAGCAGUACCUUAAACCUGUCAAAGUUAAUUUUUGUUUCAUGCAUCUCACAGUAAUUAUUGUCACAACGGUGUGUUCAAAGUAUUCCCUGAAACUCUGAGAUGCUUUCUCUAGUAAAAAACAGUGCAGUGUAGAAUAAAGUAGACAGUAAAGCACGAUAUGCUGUAAGAUGUGGCUCCCAGUGAUUGACAGGUUGGUACUACAGCAGUCUGUCAGCACAGAUAGAGAAAUAACAACAUGUUUCCCAUCUGCUGUUUCAAUAUGGUCAGUUUUAGUUUCAAUGAAAGAAGACGGCAACAGUAAAAAGCUAAAGCUUCAAAAGGGAUAUACAAAGAAAUUCAAUGUCACUGUGUAGACGGUAAAUAACCAAACCAUUCAGCCACACACGAAGGGUCAGUUGAGCAUUUAAUAAUUUUAAUAGCCCACUGAGGGUCAGGGGGUAUCGUCUUCUGAAUUUCAGGGAUGGUCAUAUCAUUGAUGAGUGUGUCUCUCCUUUAACAAUCCCACUUUAUCUGAAUCUUAAUCAAACUCUCACAAUCAGUCAUCUCUGCGGCUGCACCGUAUCAGCCUCCACAUCAAAAUGUUCAUGGCAGACUAAGUGAAGAGGCCUCCGUAAUAAUGUAAGCAUCGAUUUCAUUCAGUUGCAGGACCAGCUCUUUCAGUCCCAUGCCAGCACUCAGUAAAAGGGACUUGGCUCUGCUAUCACCAGCAGAAUUUCUGCCGGCAGCAAAAUACAGGAAAGUGAAAAGAGGGUUGAGGGGAUAAAAAGAAGGAAAAAAAUCCUGGUGUUUCUGAGAAGACACGACAAGACAACCAGUGCAGUCCAAAAUAGGGGCCUGGAUCGUUACUGGCCCUCCCUCUCCUGGUGUAAUUGAGGGAGUGUCCGUCACUUUGCUUAUCGUCUACUGUAGUGCUCUGUCUUGGACACGCAGAGCAGCAAGCAAUCUGCUGAUUGCUGUUUUGGCAGAACUGUCAAGGUUUGUCCUCCACUAAGUGAUGGAUAGAUUCAGGGGGGAGGAGAUCCGGGAGACUUAUCUUUUCAGCCGGUGUUUUUCUCUGUUUGAGAAAAUAACGACACAGGAAGCCUGUUUAACAGUUUAGUCAACGAUAAAAGCUCAUUAUUGAGAAAUACAGUCCCUGUGUUUAUUUUCCAAACUGAGUCACCAUGACAGGGCCUACCUCACUGUCAAGAAAAAAAGCCUAAUUGGUGUGGUAAAACUGUCAGAAAACACCGUAUCCUCAGGCACAUUAUUUAUUAAGUAAGGUUACAGCGGAUACAAACCAAAUAAAUUAAUAGGACUUCCCAUGACAAAGAAAUUUCCGAGCUAUAUUUUAUGACUAAAUCCUUCAUAAUUAGUUUCCCUUCUGUCUCCUUCAAAGUAUGAUUUGUGACUACUGAAAAUCCACCUGUGUUUCACUGACAUUAUCUCAUUGCUGUCCUGUCCUCCUGGGUGCAUUUAGCCUAAUUGACACUGACUCAGGGAAAUGGGCAUGUGGGGUUUUCAGAGCAUGAGCAAGGCUUUGGGAAAGGAAUUAUGUUGUUGCAUUUUGUAUGCAAAUUUAUUCUAAAAUAGUUAUCGGUUUCCUCCCUGAUAGACUUUUAUUACUUCAUUCCUUUCCUUUGUCCACCUUGAUUUUAUUUCUUUCCUUUCUUGGCAAAAAGUAGUAGACAGAAGAGGUGAACGCUGAGCUGUGAUUAGUCAUCAGCUUAGAUCGCUUUUAAUGGAGGGAGAGUGCCAGUAUGGGGUGAUUUAAACUUGCCAUCCACUGCUCUCUCUGCCCUCCUUCCUCCUCCCUCCUUCCUCCACCUACCCUAGUUUUUAGAUGAACUGUUGAGAAGUGAAACACAGCCCCUGGCAGCAUCAUUGUAUGUAGGUUGAAGGUAGAUGGGAGAGAUACCAUGCCAGUUUAAAAGCUUGACCUCCUUCAUGACAUGCUUUGACAUGGUUGUGCAUUGGUGCACAGUUAAUGACUGACUGUCUUCUAGAGACAAAUAACUUUAUAUGAUUUUAAAAUAACUAAAUUUCCAUGAGAUGUUGGUCUUUUCUCUAAGCUGGGACUCUGAAGAUUAAUUUUGUACUAUUCAACAAUAUCAAUACAAUAUCCUCUGUACUUGAAUUCCCAUUUUCUUUCCAUUUAUCCCUCCAGGUUGUUUGAAGGCUCUUCUCUAAGAAAAAUCGAGAAGCUGAAAACUCUGCUGUGUUACUUCAGAAGAGUUACCAAGACGAGUAAGCUUUCAAAUCUCCCAUAUAAUGGUGCAGCAGCUGUCUCUCUGAUGUGCUUCGCUGUUGUUGAGCAUUCCUAACUCUUAUUUGUUUCUCUUUUGAAGAGCCCAAGGGUCUCGUCACAUUCACAAGACAAACACUGAACAAUCCUCCAACCUGGGAAAGGUAUUUCUCUCUAUUCUAAUGCUGUGUCGUUUUCUUAUUCAAUGAACUACAUUUAAGUUAAAUAAGACGGUUGUUUAUAUCCGCCCUGUUUAACUAUUUUCAAUUUUGUCGACUAUUUAAAGCACAAUGUGAAGAAAUGUGAAUAUUCAACAGCAUCUAUCAGUCUGAUCCUACAUUAAAAGCUCUUUCUUGUCGGUAAAGUGGCAGAGGCCUUUAUAGUCAAGAAACUUCUUAUACAUGAUGCCUGUGAUUCUCCAUUUGUCAGGUUUUACCAUUAAAAACCAUCAAUAUGUUUUCUUUUGUCCACAACAACCACUCAAUACCUUAAACCCACGGUUUGUCAGUUUUGUGCUGUGGUAGCCUUGGUUGGGGGGCAUACUCAGAUGUCGAUAUAAAAGGUUAAUCAAGUCAAUAAAAUGAGACAACUUUAUUAAAUCAGGUGAUUAUAAACCAAUCUAAAUUUGCAUUUAAGUAUGAUGCACCAUUUCUACCAAGUCUCCUCUGUUAAAUACCACCCAAUACUAGACACAGUAGCUCAAAUUUUACAGGUCAUUUAGCAGGUAAGAAUUAAAGACUAAGAUACAGCAAAAAGACCUGCUGUUAAAGUGGAGCUUUAACACAAAUCCAAAUAUCCUUUAAGGCAGGGAUGGAGGGGCUUUCCAUGUCCCAGAUGGACUUCAAGCAUUAAUGUUGCACAUCUAACCUCCCAAAAAAUGUCAAUAUUAUGUCAAAAUUUGUUCAAGGAUGUAUGCAUUUAUUUAUUAUGCUGGAAGAAUUGCAGUGCAUUAAAUCAGUUUCGUGGCACAUUUGUUGAGGUGUGUCGUGAAUCACCCUGUCGGGAAGGAAUAAGCUAACUUUUUGCACUCUUUCUUGCUCAAGUUCCCAGACUCAGCUAACACGCCUACAUAUCACCUGUGAGGGAACCAUUGAAGAUGACGGAUACGGGAUGCUUCAGGUUAGAACUUUGAUUUGUAAUGAAACCUUUAUGCAGUGUUAAAACUGAGAGUGUUUGGUUUGAUCCAGCCCGUCUGUUCUGUACUUGUUGCUCGGGUUAGGCUGGACAAACUUGACUCUGACCAUCACAGACAGACUUCACUGCCCGUUUGACUGCUUUUCCAAUACCUGCAUGAAAUCAAAAAAACUCUGGUAUGAUUUUUGUGCAUAUCUGUGAAGGACAUUGGUUUUAUGUCUGUGGUGAUUCACCCCAUCUCCCACUCCCCUUGGUGUUCCAGGAUGUCUGGUGCAUAUUUUACUCGAGGUGACAGCUGAUGUAUACACUUGAGUAGCUCAGAGAAGCAAGGGUGGAGGAGAAGACCCUGGGGUGGGGGUUGAGGGAGAAGGAGAUGCACAGAGGAAAAGAUGACGAGGGUGAGCCAUCUCACUGGGUCGACCCAGUGGGCCAGGAGUCCUGCAGGCAGAUUGAUAGCUACCUCAGCAGGCCGGGCACCGGCUCUGUGUUGACUUGGAUAGGGCAGAGUGGGCUGUCAUUCUGUCAGGGGGUGAGAUUGAAGGGUGAGGGGGGGUGAGGAGUUGAAACAGAGAGGGAGGUGAGGAGCAGAGCAACUGGUGAGGAAACAUACACACAUGCUCAUACAAACACACUGACUGUCACACAUUUUGACGUAGCUGUGGGCCAGUGAGCAGAACCUUCACCCCUGACAGCCUGUUUAAAUAGCAGCAUUGUGAUUGAAUGGGCUGUCCUCUUACCCAUGCCACAAAAACAAGGAGUGGGCUUGCAUGAUAUCACAUCAAAAUAUUUCUUCAGUGAUCUCAUAAAUAUUUUUGGGUUUGCAUCCCAGCCGUUCUUUCAGCGUUUAUAGAACUUACGGACACUGUUUCACGUCUUUAGAGCCAACACUAAGUCAGCAGUAAUGCCCAGAAUGUUAUCAAACGGCACAAUAACAGCCUCACAUAAUAAUAUCCUCCCGCUCAUGCUUACGUUAACAGUUGGGGGGCUCACCUAAUGACUGUAUUAAGAGAUGGAUCCACCUGUUAUACAAAAGUAAUGCCAAAUUAAAUUACUAUUGCCAACAAACUGCAAGAGAGGGGAUUGGCCAGCGGGGCUGUGGUAAUAACAACGUGCUCUGGGUGGACGAUAUCGCCUCAGAUUUAUAUAACAAUAUUUCAAGGAAAUUACAAUAAAGACAUUUACACGAUACUUAACAAAAUAUUGAACAGAGUUUUAUUGGUGAUUUUAGCUUACAGUCAUGGGAUUACUUUUGGGUGAACGAUCCAACCAACCACUUACAAUGUUCUUGUACUUGAUGUUAGACACGCAUAAAUAUGUGGGACUAAUUACCUAAUUCAUUAAAUACUUUUUUUUCUGCUCCCCGGAGAAACCAUGUAAUGAAACCUUUAUGCAGAUUUUACAUUUCUGCCCUUUUCAACAUUAAUCGUGUUAAUUUUUGUAUGCAUGUGUUCAUGUGUGUUUCUUGUGUUGUGUUGUUUACUCUGAUUUCCUGAUAAGCUUGUUUAUGAGCAGGAAACAGUGCAGUGAUCAGAUAUUUAUCUGUGUUUAAUGACCACAGAGGGUGAUGGAUAAUAAGGAGAAACUAAUAGAGUCGUUAGUUCAAAUAUGGAAAUGAUAGAACUGUUGUCUCAGUUAUAGUGAAUGUACAGGGCAAAUGGAAUCAUGUAUGCACCACUCCUAAUUAAAAUAAGUAUUUUUCUGUGUGCAGGAGCUGCUGAAUGACUUUGUUACUUUCUCACAGUGUUUAAAUGUUCUCACAGUGCGCACAUGAUAACAUGGGAGUAUAUGAGGCCUGAGAACUGAGUCGGGGACCCCUCUGUUUCCUCUUUUUUUUUUCACCAGGUGGACUUUGCCAACAGAUUUGUGGGUGGAGGCGUAACAGGACAUGGGCUGGUCCAGGAAGAGAUCAGGUUCAUCAUCAACCCUGAACUCAUCGUUUCCCGCCUCUUUACUGAAGCUUUAGAAUCCAAUGAGUGCCUCAUCAUCACAGGUGAAAAGUCACACACACACACACUCAUGAAUAAAUAAGAUUUUACCUUGUAUGGGAUUCUUCAGCAUUUUGAAAACUUUGACUUUUACCCUCCAUUUGGAGCUCCAUGUCUUUGGCUCCAUCUGUUUUUUUGUUUUCGACAAGAAAAAUCAGGAAAUUGAACAAAGGUAGACUUGCGGCUAGAGUAGUGAAUUUGCAAUAUAAAACAUGAUGUCCAUAUGAAUUUGACCAAAAAUAUGAAAUUAUUUUAAAAAGCAGUCUAAUGGAAUAUGAAAGAAAUUAACUUUUUAAAUGUAACACAGUGGGGUGAGUUUGCAGAGUAAAUCAUGUUAGAUACAAAAUGCUCAUCGUCCUGUUCAACAGUUGUUCCUGUGGAUCCAGAAAAUCUUGUUGUGGAGAGUCUCUGCUUUUGCGACCCCAGAAUUACCUCUCUGCUUUUUGGAAAUGUCGCAAUUUGAGUAUUUUUAUUAAAACCUGAUGUCAAGCACGCACUGUUCCACAGGUGGCUCUCAGACAGAUGGUUGAGAGUAACCACCUGCUUAAGGCCUUCUGCUCUCUACUGUAUGAAAAAUAGUGAGUUGCAUAGAUUGGACAAGUUAGGUCAAAGCUUUGAGAGUGCGGUGUAUUUUAUUGUAGUGAGAAGGGAGCCGAGUUUGAAGGCGUGUUCCUCAGUACUCUAAACCGCACUUUAUGUUAAUGAACUCCAGGAGGAGAAAGACCUGGAGAUGAGAUUGUGUGUACAGCUGACAGGGAUGAUUUUAGCCUCACUGAGCGUCAGGUCUCACCCUUAGUGAUUUCGAGGACACUUGAGAACAGACCCAGAGCACUCAAGGGGGAUUACAUUCAGCUGAAGGAAGAGCCUGUAAGGAUCGCCAAGACACGCUGGAGGAGGAGGUUAGGGGUGACUGAUCUGUCAUGGUAAAUAAUCAGAAUCAGAAUGACUAAAUAUGUGAGCACAUGCACAGAGUUUGAUAUUUAAAACCAUGGCUCCUCAUGUACAAUCAGAAAAACAGUCUUUGCAGUUGUAGCUUGCAGCUUUAAUUUUUAAUAGAAGUGAUGCUAAUUAGGGGUGUCCUGAUAUCAGUCAGAUAUCAGCAGAAAAACAAAUAUAGGAUCAUAUCAGCCUGCAUCUAAAAUCUCAGGUAUCAGCACUGCAACACAAGCAGUCCAUUCCAGACUCCGCUCAGGCACCUCUAUCUAGCAGCAGCCUGAUCCAGCAAGCAGAGCCCACAAAAACACAACAACAGUGUGUACUAAGGUACUAACAAAGUAGCAAGGAGUAGGAGUGAUGUUGACCGAAAAAGACGUUGCAGCUGAGUGAAAAACUUGUCAUGCACAAUAUUGGUAUUGAUCAAUAUUGAAGGCUACAAUAUCGGUAUUGUAUCGGAAGUCAAAAUGUUGUAUUGGAACACCCCUAACACUAAUUGGUUGUUAUUUACAAUUAUUGGUAACACAGUUUGGUUUCACCCCGUUACGUGGUUUUGUGCUCAUUCAUUCUCCAUGUGUAGGAAGUGGAACCAAUGUAGAGCAGACAGUGUGCAUCUGCUGCUGUUAACCAAUAAUUUACGUCUUUAUCAUGUAUUAGGAUCCCCAGUUAACUAAAUUUCUGGUCUUCUUGAGGUCAACUCUAACAAAAAAUAAAUAAUAAAAAGCAACUAUAAAAAAUUGCACUAUACCUAAAAGACAAAAAUAUAAUUAGGUAAAGUCAGUCUUGGAGAUUGACUGUGAAUAUCCCAACUUUUUGAGCUGGCUCUCUAGAAACCUCACAUGUCUCCGUUUCUCCUGUGUUUCCCUUUUCGUUCACUUAAAAUUGGCUAAACUAGCAUUGAGCUUGUCUCUGAGAUAUUUCCUCUUGUUCAUCCAGCCCUGGGUGUUUAUUGGGCCCCGGUCAUUUUUCCCUCAUCCUUUCAUUCCCUCUGAAGGUAAAUCCAUUGCAUCGAUUCACUUGGGACUGCCCAGUUAUCCUUCAUUUCUCUCCCGGAGAAUUGCUUUAUUUUUCAACCUCCAACUCACUCUGCGUCAGUCAACUUGUCUUAAGUGUCCAGCCUCCCUCCUCCUCCUCUUUUGGCCUUCCUACAUUUUUUCCCCUGGCUCACAGCUGUACCUCGCCCACCACCGGUCAAAGUAAGGGCAAGCGCCGAUUAGAAUCAUAAAGGCUUAAUACUGUUAGCCUAUAGGAAAAAAUCUGGUUGUAAAAAUCCAAUACAUACAAAGAGGUGAUAUUCCACAGGGUGAGUUUUUGUUUUUUUGUUUGUUUAACACUCUUUCACCUUAUUCAUUCACUUACUUUAUGCAAACACACAUUCUGUUUACUGCCAUUCUGUUUCGUUCGCUUUGCAAAACUAAUAUGUAACUCAAUUUUGUUCAGGUAGAGCGCCUGUGUCAGUGGGGCAUUAAAAGAGUCUUUGCCCUGAUGACACUUGCAGCAUCAUUUCCUAGUUUGAUUCAUCUGUUAGACACGAGGGCAUUUAUUAUAACUUAGCUGUGUGUGCAGAAACUCAAGUAUGAAUGGUGCUCCCAAAUGUCGACUUUUGAUUGAUUCUGCUUGUGUGUCUUUCCUUGAACUUGUACCACAGAUAGAUGUAGACAGUAGCCAUGUAUAGAAGUUGCAAAGUCUGAUCAGCACCCUGAGCCUUGCUAUCUUCUCUGAAUCUUCGUGAUUUGUUUAACUCUGAAAUAUUUAAGAUUUAGUUGGAGACCUUCAACCCUCACUGGUAAACAAACACAAGUUUAACCUGCUCUGUGCAGUCGAUGUUAAACAUUCAGUCGAUCGACUUCUAUCUGGUUUAGCGCCCCUUUUUCACGUAAGCCAGUCAUUGUCUGUUCUGUAUGGCGCCAUGUUGUCUUCCCUGAAACCCCCGUCCCUCCCAAGUCACCUUCAGUGGUUAGUCAUCGUCCCUCUCUCUGCCUUGCAUCAUUCUGCCCCCCCUUCGUCUUUCCCUCCGCCUCCUCUCCACUUAACUUUAUUACGUUUAGACAGAAAGGAAUUUAUAGCCCAACUAAGGUCAUUCGUCCUCUAAUGGAAUGGACCGACUACGCCAUAGAUUCAUUAAAACCCCGCAGAAUAUUCCUUGCACGUGUGCAGUGUUUCCUCUUUAAGUUUCGUCUCAGAUUUGAGUCUUUUUAUCCCUUUCUCCUCUGUUAAUGUUUUUUUUUUUUCCUGUCCAGUAAAUCAUUUUCUUCCUGUCCGUUGGUAUGCCAACUGUGAUCCUUCCAAUGCUUUUGGGGCUUCGACUUUACAUCUGUUUUCAUUCGUGGGCGUUUUCUGAUGGGAAGGUAGAGAGCCACAGAGUAAUCUAGUAAUGGAUGCCUCUGUGCCAGGAAGCUGUCAUGGUUAGUUGCCAUAAUAAAUAGGAUCAAGGUGAAGGAGGAAGAGGGCAACUCCUGAUGGAGGAAGUGAUACAGGUAGCAUGUUAUUUGACGUUAGGAGUCGCUAGUGUCGUAGGAAGAACCUAAUUUGUAUAGCUGGACUUGGGUAAUGGUGUCCCUUUUGUUUGCUCUGCCAGGGCUUUACUUUACCAAGAGUCAUAAUUCUCCUUUGCAGUCAUUGCUGAGUUGUGCCCGGGCGCCAUUACUGGCCAUUAGCUUGAGUCAUAGAUUGCCUUUGAAAGAGACAAAAAGAUAAUUCAUGUUUUUUGUCUUCAAGUUUGUUUACAGCCGCAGUAAUGGCAGAACAUUCAUUAGGUUAAUUCUAAUUUGGUAAGAGCUGUAAAAGAUGUUUGAUCGAUCAAGACUUUUAAUAAGGGAUGGUCACAAAGUCUGACAAUAAGAAGAGCGAGUCUUGUAUCGUUGUUGUGGAGCAUUUGCUGCUUCAUGCCUAUAAACCUUUGAUUGAGACGCUUCUCCUCCACUGCUGUAUUUCCUCCCUUCACUGAAAUGAUUUAUAAGAAGGAGGAGCUACAUGAACGAGGGAGACAGUGUCAUUGCCUUGACUCCGCCUCAUUGCGUGUUUUGAAGCUAACUGAAGGUUAUGUUGAGUCAGCAUUUCCAACAUGGCGGCCGCCAUUAUUGGCUUCAAAACUGCUCUAGGAUCUCAAAGGCUGUGCUAAUGUGUAACUCCUUUCAUUCAUGAACAUAGUGACUUUUCUUAUUAAACUUAUUCAUAAUGUGUUAUAGCCAUGAUUUGUCGUCAUUUUCAGAAGUGAGAGCUGUUGUAUUUGAAAUGACAUAAUGACGGAAUCUUUCAUCUCUAACACUGAGCACAAAGCAGAACAAGUCGUUAUAUCGGUCACUAAAGUUUAUGUUCCUCUCAGGUAACAGAUGAUCUGGUUCCUUGUUUAACAAUUAUUUUACAAAUGUGGCCGAGGUUAGCUCCUCGUGCUCCAACCAUUUCUUUCCAUUAUGGCUGAAAGCUUUUCAUUUCAAACCCCAAAGCAGAUUACUUAUUAAAUCAUGGGCCUUUAUUUAUGACAAUCCAAUACAAGUUGAUACUGUGUACCCACAUGAGAAGCACAGAAAGCACUAAAUUUGAUUUGAGAAACAAGGCGCUGAAACAGAUUUAGCCCGGCUGUGUGCUCUGACUACUGAAUACUGUGUAAUGUCAUUCAGUGUUUCUUGACUUUCUGUCUUGCCCUGCAGGCACAGAGCGGUACAGUAAAUACUCUGGCUAUGCUGAGAGUUAUGAAUGGAAGGAAAGCUACAUGGACGAGACACCCAGGUAAUUUUACUACACACUACUGUUCAGUCAUUUAUUUUCUCUUUGUUUCAAAAAAUGGACACACUCCUCUAAAAGAGUUUAAGGACAAAUGAAAAGAUCUUGUGAAUUUCUUUCAUCUCAAACUCUUUGUUUUUUUUUUUUGUAUUUUCAGGGAUGACUGGCAGAGACGAUGCACAGAAAUUGUUGCCAUUGAUGCUGUUAAAUACAGGCACUUCCUAGAGCAGUUUCUCCCGGAGAAGAUGGCCAGAGAACUCAACAAGGUGUGAGAGAGAUUUUUGAGCAUCAUUUAAAACAAUACUUCAACAGAUUUGCCUUUCAUGACCUUCAAUACGAUUAAGCUGCUGACAUACAGGAUGAUAAUGAUUUUUACUCAAAGUUUGUAUUGAAGAACUUUGAUUUACUGUCAGAGUUGUGUAUAAAACCUUUCCCUGUAGACUUUGUAUCCUUACCACUGGUGCUACACAGAAUAUUGGCAUAUACAGAAGAUGUCACAACUCUCAUUGUUGUGUUCUUAUUUUUUAGGUGCGUUUUCAGUACUUUGUUGGACAACAGAAACUACCAUAAAAAACCUUAAAUAUGAGGCACUAAGUAUGAGACUUUACAUACAAAGACAAUAAGUGGCUGAUGAGGGACCAUUAAAAAGCGGUGUAACAUGUGAAAGUAAAACAGUUGAGAUCAAAGUUAUGCUGUAUGUAUGGUUGGCUCCAUUUACUUUUGCACUGCAGGAGAGGACAGUUUGACAGGCGGACUUAAUCAUUUGCCUGUGGUUGUCUUGCUGUUAACAAAACACAAAUCAGAGACACUGAGUUUAGAGCUCGACUUUUGUGAGAAAAAAAAAAGACUGUUUAUCAAUCACAGAGACAUCCUGGUUACUCAUUGAUUCACCAGAGUGAAGUCAGAAGUGCUCCAAAAACUGUGUACUACAGAGAAGUAAAAAUUGGUUAGAGGUUUCUGUUGCUCCUCUCCUCUUUCAGCUAAUGGAUAAAUGUUGUUUUGCUGUCUUCUGCAUGAAGGCACCAAACCAAAUCUUAAAUAAAACUACAAGCAACUUUCAUUUAAUUUUUAACAGAUAGGAAAGUUUCUCCCUGUGGAACGGCUUGGUAAUGUGUAGCAUCUUUUAAUUUGUAAACUGAGGUCUACACUUAAACAUUGUGGCAUGCAUUUUUUUGAGCCCAGCCUUCAUGAAACACUCUAAAAAACAGUGAUAUUGGUCUCACAGACUUUUGUUUUAACUUUCAACAAUUACCAAAUAACUUUUCAUCCUCCCCGCCUCAUCUUCUGAUUCCUGUGUAUUUAUUCCAGGCAUACUGCGGGUUCUACAGAAAUAAUGCCAACAGAAAGCACCUCUCUGCGGUGGCUACAGGCAACUGGGGAUGUGGAGCUUUUGGAGGAGACACACGGCUCAAAGGUAUCAUCCGAUGAGUCAAAUUAAGGGGGACUGAGACGACAGAUCAAAUGUUUUUUUUUUAAUUUAUGAUGGAGAGCUAGAAUCAAAUUUACACUCUUGAUUCUUAAACAUAGCUGACAUAGGAUCCCCCACUCACAUGCUCUGCUUUUCCUAGAUGCUCAGCAUUUCACUGGACUGUACGACACAGGCUCUGAUGUCAGUCUCUCUCAAACCUCUCUGGUCAAUUAGCAGCUCUCCCAGGGUGUCACUCAUCCGUUCUUUCGCUCCUUUUAUUGAUCAGCUGACACACAUUUAUGUUUUCCAUUAAAGGGGCAAUUGAUUACAGGGGAAGGGGCACCAUAAAUCCAGGCAGAUGCAGGCAGGUCUCUGUGGGCUUACAGAACAUCCCUCUUCAUAAGCUCUCUUACUUUACUGUCCCCUCGAGUACGUCAUGCUGUAAAUGAGGACUGCUUGUGUUUCUUUACACAUUUUCAUUAACUUCUUUUUUUUUUUUUUUUGUCGUACUGCUGCUUCAUAAAAGAGCUUGUACUACACACAAACAUUGUGACUCAAAACAUGGUAAAGAAGCAUAAUUAUGUUUGCCUCCGUUUUCAUUUAGAUGCUGUUUAUUUUCUCUGCAAUGCUAUGAAUAGAUCCACUGAACUUGACAAAGUCCCCGAGGAUGAUAUUAACUUCCGGAGACCCUCGCCCAUUAGCCUUUGAAUUAGCAUAGCUGGUAUAUUUAGAAGGCGAUUAAUUUUACUCUACAUUAUACACCUGCCACUGUAAUACUUAGACUGAGCUGUUGUGUUGUCGGAAAGAUUACAGAGCCUUUUUUGCAAAUGGUUUUCCUUGUUUAUUAAUCUGGAAUCAAUACCCAUUCUGUUAAAUAUUUAAAAGCCUUAACACCUAAUGUGCGAGGGCUUCAAGAUUGAGUGUUGCUAAAGAGGCUACACUAACAGUGGCGGAUUACUAACUCCUCUGAUACAAAUAGCUUCCAUCACUUGCAUUAUUUUCUGCCCACAACUGCAUUAAACUUAUUGUCUAAUGAAUUUGUGUCCCAGGCUGAAGGAGACUACACUAAAGCUGAUACUUGUGUUACUGUUGACCGGAUUUCUCCUUUUCUACUUUCCAGCGCUUAUCCAGUUGAUGGCAGCAGCAGAGGCAGGGAGAGACGUAGCGUACUUCACAUUUGGAGACGCUCAGCUGAUGAGAGAUGUUCAUGAAAUGCACUCUUUCCUCACCGAGAGACAAGUCACCGUUGGUAAGACACUCCCUAAUUCUUGAGUUAGAACCUUUUUGUAUGACUUGUUACUAUCUUGCCUCUAUUCGGCUCUUUCGGUAAAUUAUAUAAUAACCAGGCAUGGCAAUGAUAUCAGUGACCGCUGGGGAUUGUGGGGCUCCAGAGGCUCUUAAAACGCUCGGAGGUUGUCCUCGUUGGCGUCAAACAGGCUCAGUCCAUAUGAAUAACAGAGCACAGUCCUCUGCAAUGUUAAGUUAUUCUACCUUAUGGGCCAUCUCCGCUCCUCUGCCCAUCCGUUCAGUCUUAGCUUUAGAGUGGAUUACUGCCUGAGCUGACCCCAGCCUCUCCCCUCCCCCUCCUUUCAUUUUUCUUCUGCCGACAUUUAUUGAAGCCUUUCAGAGAAAUUCCCCUCUGGCCAUCCAUUUCCUAAAGUGGAGCUAAAGAGAAAAAGCUCAGGGCCUGUGUGUGCGUGUGUACGUGCACGUGAUUUAUAAACGAGCCUGAAUACACUUUCAUUUUUCUGUAUUUUUUCCCCUCGUCUUUACCGCUUGUUCUUUGACUCUUAACCUGUUCGUCCUUUUUGUCUCUAUCUCUCAAACCCUGUUUCAUCUUUCUCCAUAUUUCUUCCUCUUUUUUUUUUGACCCCUGCACCACUCCUCCCUCUGCGCCUCUCUUCCUCUCUUUGUCUCCCUUCCUCUCCUUUCCCCCUCCACAGGGAGGCUGUACACCCUUUUGAACCAGUACUCCAGCCUGGUGUGUAAGAACUGCCGCACGACACGACCUGACGUCAGCCUUUACAGUUUCAUCUACGAGAGGGUCUCUUCCCCUGUGACACCCGAUGCCCCCGACCAUGCAAAGGAUUCUGGGAUGUCCCCUGCGACAUCGGACUCUCAUUAGCGCUGCGGAGGGCUUCAACUUCACCUCCCUCCAUGUCUCUAGGUGUCAGACGCUCCAGGUUCAGACACCUCAAUGAGUUCUCAGCCUUGUGCUUACAAUCACUUUCUCUCUCCUUCUCUCUCACACCCUCAUUCUCUCCACAAUCACAUUCUCCCUUUAAGUUUGUGAUCCCAACACACAAACUACCAAAACACAGUCUUGCCUUUCUUAUCGGUGGUAUAAUUGGAGCCUUGUAGUGCGUUACCAAAUGAGGUGAGCUGUUUCAGACUUAUAGCAAUAGUAAAUCCUGGUUGCUGUUAGGCCUUUCUUAGUCCAAAUGUGGUGUGGAAUCCUUUUUUCUUUUUGCAUACUAAUGACACAUACAGCCAAAUAUUCAUCAUAAUUAUGCAUGAUUAUGAAAACUUUUCCUUAUUUAUAAUCCAGGAUGUGAUAAUCCUCUCAUGCUACUUUUGGAUGAGUCUUCUCUAUUUUUCAUACCCAGGCUUUGGUGAAGGUUCCUGAAUACAGAGGAAAAAAAAAAAAAAUGACAUGCCAUAUAGUAGACUAUGCAUGGGGAACAUUUAUUUAUCAGAUAAUCUACAAAUAUAUGCUGCUCUUUUAUAUCAUUUAGGAUGUCAAUGCUCAACUCUCAUGUAGUCUCUGAGUCUUACACAUUUCAGAUUGACGGGUCUGUGGAUGAUGAACAGACUGAGUUUGUGGUUCAUCAUAGACCACUGAUUUUAUCCUCAGUUAUCAUUUUCUUUAUAUUCAGCAUUUAGCACAGUAUUGCAACUGUACAUGCAAAUAAAAAGGGGGAGCAGAAAAAAAAAAUUGCACGCAAAUUCUUAUUUUUGUUAAUGUUUUUACUCAACAUUUACUUUGAGGAUGUGAUGAUGUUUUUAUUUACGGUAUUUUCUGAUUGCCAUUCUGGGGACUAUUUAAUAAUGGGUUCAUAGCUAGAGUCAAGACUGUAAAUGUAUUGCAUAGCACUGUACUUAAAGUAGCUUUUGGUUGUACUCUUUUUAUUAUAAUUUCUUAAUUAAACUAUAUCCUGUUAAAUUC